CAAGCUUGUAGGCACUUUGGAUGAAUUAAAAUCAUUUUAUAAAGCAUUAAACUGUUUACUCUGCUUUCAGUGAUUGAAGAUCUGUGGCACCCUGCUAGGAUUGGAAAGCUGGAAAUUCUAGUUUGGGUUCGGUCAGAGUAGGAGAGCAGGAUACGUGGACGGAAGCAACAGAGAAAGAGAGAGAAUAGGAAUGUGAGAUAUGCUAAAAUGAGAAAAGCAGGUAAAAUUGGAACUGAACAAAAAGGUGGAUGAACCAGUUUUGCAGGACAAUAGAGAACGCAGGAUAAAGGGAAAGUCUUGUCCUGGAAGCAAGAAGAGAAGGUUCGGCAGCUGGAGGGAGAGACAAAGCUUAAGAAUGGGGUGGACGGAUUAGCGUUGAACCUGUAUUUUAGAAGGAAAAUAAGAUUAAACAAAAGUGACGGCAGGUUUACGGUAAUGAAGACGAAUAGAAAUUGUUAAUAAUUCACCAUGUCAGGAGCUGCUUGACUUGGCAAGUCAGGAGGGCGGGGCUAAAUCACUAAUGAAGGUGUGACCUGACCAAACAGCAAGGCUGAACGUGAGAAAGACAGAAGACAACAUUAGACUUGUGUUGGCAGAUUUAAUGAGGGACUAAUCUGAGAGCAAAAUGCUGAAUGAAGGAGGCUGACUGAGACUGAAGUUUGCUCCGGGCAAAUCGUGAGACUGGGAAACUGACCACAUACACACAAGUAAGAUGGCGGCCACAACGAGCCAGCAGUAUUCAGCAUGUAAGACAGGAGACACGCUCUGUGAGAUUCGUGUGUAUGAGCAGGAGGUAAUUGUGGUACCUGUUCUGAUGUUGAUGGGUUUUGGAGUCACAUUGGCAGUUCUGCUGCUGCUCCACUUGUGUCCUGAGAAAGCAAGAUGCCUCCUGCCAACAAACAGCGCCAGCUCCAGCCGCACGCCCAAAAACAGACGAAUCCUACAGGGAAUAGAUGCUCCUGCAGGUCUGAAUGCUCUGGAGGGUGAAAGUAUAGCCCUGGACACUGCUCCCACUUACUUCACCUUCAGCAGUGCACCCACUACCCGUGCCUCCAACAAACCUGAACGCUCACUGGGUGUGGAUAACCUGGCCUUCAGUGGUGAUGGGGGCUCCUUUGGUGCUGCAAGCUCUGCUCUGGGAAAUCCCAGGGAACUCCCACGUCAGCGGCUGCCUGAAAAGUUCAACAGAGUGACUGCUCUCCUGUCCUCAUACUCACUGAAGACUGACAGCUCGGUGUCUCUGUACAGAGCCCGCAUGGAGAACAGGAACGUCGUCCUCAGAGUGCUCAACGAUACAGCAAGUGCCAAUGAGUGUCAGUCUUUCCUAGGAUUUGCUUCCUUCUUGUCUCAGCUGGGGCCACACCCCUUCCUGCCUGAGCUCAUUGGUGUUGUCUCCUUACGUGCUCCUCUAAUUACAGUUAUAGAGGAGAUGGAGAACCAGGACCUGCUCAGCUUCCUUUGGAAAUGCAGACAGGAAAAUGCUGGACCGAAUGUUAGAUGUGAGAUGACAGAAAAGCGUAUUUUCACUAUGGCUUCCCAGGUGGCAUCUGCUCUGGAAUAUCUUCACUCCAAAGAUCUCAUCCACGGCAACAUCAAGGCUCACAGUGUCCUGAUCAGCCGCUUGUUGACGGCCAAGCUGUGGGGACUGAAUGGUGUCUAUGACCGAAAAACUCAGGGAACCAAUUACAAAGAGGAUCCUGGCAGGAGAAAAUGGCAGGCACCUGAGAUACUCGCGAAGAGGCCAGCCAGUCCAAAGAGUGACGUGUGGUCUUUUGGUCUACUGUUGUUUGAGAUGGUGACUCUUGGUGAGGCUCCGUAUGCUGAGAUUCCUGUGCAGGAACUUCUUCAGUAUCACCAGCGAGGAAAGACCCUAAGGAAACCAAACAACUGCUCCAAUCUUCUACAUUCCAUUAUCAAAGCCUGCUGUCAGUGGAAGGAACAAGACCGUGCCCCGCUGGCCGAGAUCAGCCACAAGCUCCAGUCAUCAGAGAAAAGUGCCAAUGAUAAGGUGGUUCUUCGUUCUCCUGAACCAGUUAACAUUGAGCGGUACCUGCAGGAGGCGGGAUAUGGAGAAUCGAACAACUAUACUGUCUUCUGAAGCCUGAAAUGAGACAUUUCUACUAGAACAAUAAAUGAGACAGACUCAAAAAUCUGAAUCUGAUACCCACCAUCUCAGACUAAGUGAAGAAUGAUCUUCUGUUUGUAAACCAAAGAUGUCUCUCUGUCUGGGAAGUGUGUACUGUAUUAUAAUGACUGGCGGGGGUGACAAAAACAUGCAGUUGUAAUGUUCUGAGAACAAGAGACAUUUUAAUCUGUAUUAUAAUUGAUUGCUUGAAUCCUGUUUACAGCCUUCUAUGUUUAUUAAGCAGAGAUAUAUAAUAUAUUCGGGAAUCACUUUAUAUAUAGGUUUAUUAUUGGUUCUUGUUUUUUCUGAGGGAGGGUUUGGUAUUGUACAUGGUGAGAACAAUGACACCUGUUUACCUUAGGAAAAGUGACAAAAGGAAGACUUUACAAUAAGGGUCACAAAUAACAGACUUAUGACAGUAAUAAACAUUGUUAAAUAGUUAAGUAAUGCAUAAACUAAUUAUUAAUUGAAACUAGUGCAGACAAUAUUAGACAUUACAAAAUGUUAAUGCUUAAGAAUGUUGAAAAUAAUAAAUAUAAAGACAUUAGUUUAAAUAAUUGUAAUGAUACAUAAUGACUUAACUUGUGUUAAUUAAUAAUUAGUGACAUUUUGUACUGUUAAUUAAAGGUACCCUUAUUAUAAUGUGCUAUCAGUGAGGUUUUAUUACUUUACUUGUAGAUCAGUGCCAUACCAUUGGACAACAAGACUUAUCUGAAUAUGUCAUGUUGUAUUUUUACCCAUGUGCCAUAAAUGUGAGCAUAUUUUUCUUUUUCUGAAGAAAAAUAAAACUUUUCAAAAUGGUCA